CUCCUCCUCCUCCUCCUCCACUCUGUCUCUGUCUUUCACCUCUUGCCUCCCUGUUGCCAUCUCCCCUCUCACCCUGCAUCAUGAUGCACACGGGCUGCAUGUGGGGUCUCUGCCUGGUCCUGUGUCUGAGUUUGGGAUGGACGAAGGCUCAGACGAAUUUCACCAGACCGGUGUUCUACUGUGGAGGAGACCUGGUUGCAGAUUCAGGCUUUGUGGGCAGCGAAGGCUUCCCAAGCUUCUACAAACCCAACAGCAAAUGCACCUGGCGCAUCACCGUCCCAGAGGGCAACGUGGUCACGCUCUCCUUCCGCGUUUUUGAUCUGGAGGCUGAUUCACAGUGUCGCUACGACUACGUGGACGUGUACAACGGCCACUCCAACUUGGUGCAAAAGCUGGGUCGCUUCUGUGGAACUUUCCGGCCCGGGAACCUCGUUUCCACCACCAACACCAUGAUGCUGGAGAUGGUGACCGACGGGGAGACUCAGAACCGAGGAUUCGUGGCCUACUUCAACGGAGCCAAGCCUUAUGUCGAUGAUGAGCAGUUCUGUGGAGGGAAGAUUACAAAAUCCCAGGGAGAGAUCAAAACUCCCAACUGGCCUGACAAGAAAUACCCACCAGGGACCACUUGUGCUUGGCUUAUCACUGUGGAGCCUGAUAUGGUAAUCAAAGUGACGUUUGAUAAGUUUGUGCUGGAGGCUGACACCUACUGCCGGUUUGACUACGUGGUCUUCUAUAACGGUGGAGAGAGAGACGACUCGAGGCUGAUUGGAAGAUAUUGCGGAGACGUAGCACCUCAACCGAUCAUUACCAGUGGAAACGUGCUCCUGGUCCAGUUUGUGUCUGACCUCAGUGUCACAUCGGACGGAUUCCUCGCUCACUACACCAGCGUCCCCCGUGGCUCCCAGAUAACGUCAGUCGACUCAGAAGCCGGCACCAGAGACGUCUCACAGAGACCUGCCGUCAAACCCACCGCGCAGCCGGUCGUACCCACCACCAGAUAUGAGCCGCCGCCUCGUCCGGUGCCCACCGCGAGAGUCAAGCCCACUCGAGGCCGCGGGCAGGGAACCACCGGCCAGGGCCGCAGAGUGACCGGCACAGGCACAAACGGAAAGAGGCCUGUCGCUCAAAACCCAGAGUGUGCCAGGGCCUGUAAAAGAGACGGGACGAUCAAGCCCAGUUUCUGUGCCAGUGAAUUUGUGAUUACCGGGAAGGUGACCUCCCUGUCCCCUGGGCCCCGAGGCACCCUCCUCAUCAGCGUGUCUCUGAUUAAGGCCUACAAGGCAGGCGCGCUCACCAUCACACAGGUUGGAGAGACCAUGUCGGUGAAGCUGGUGUCGCAGUGCAAAAAAUGCCCCUUGCUCCGCAGAGGUGUAAACUACAUCAUCAUGGGCCAAGUGGACGGAGAAGGACGUGGUACCCUGCACCCCGGUGCAUUCACAGCUCUUUACAAAGCUCCACACCACAAAUUAUUAAUGAAUAUCAACAACCAGCCCUGCUAACCUCACACACGUCCCCUCCAGACUAUGAAGGCCACAUAUCAUCACACAUCCAGACGUCCUAAUGUGAAACACCCAAGAAAAAAUCCACAGUGACACAUAACUGCAGUUUUAUACACCCUUUUUUUUAUAAGAAACACCAGCCAUUAUCUUUGUAAUUUAUAUAUGAAUAAAGGUUUUAUAUCUCUUUCAA